AUGGCCGAAUCCAAUGCAUCGGUGUCAAAAGAAAAAGCCAUCCCCUGGUUUCAACCCCCCCAGCCCAGAUAUAUUCUAUCCAAUGCAAAUCUUGUUGAUCCUGUCAAAGGCAUAAUAUUGGCAAAUGCUAGCAUUCACCUUCACGACGGCAUCGUCCAGUCCGUGAAUGGCAACAUCGAAGAAUGGAAAUCGGACCCUGACACAAUAAUAGUCAAUCUUGAAGGCAAAUUCGUCUGCCCAGGAUUGAUAGAUUGCCAUGUUCAUCUGAUCGCAGUGCCAGGAGAGAAUGGCCUGGAGGGUGUCAAGGAUAUGAAUCCAUCAUCCUCUCUUCUGCGUCAGCCUAUAGUAUGCAAGUCCAUGUUAGAGCGCGGCUUCACUACCGUCAGAGAUUGUGGGGGAGCAUUAUUCCCUCUCAAACAAGCAAUUGAACAGGGUGUCCACCCUGGGCCCCGACUUUUUAUUGCAGGCCACGCACUUUCACAGACCGGAGGACAUGGUGAUAUGCGUGGUAUUCUCAACGAUUAUGAGUGCUGUCGUGGGGCUGCCCAAGGUGUUGGCCGCAUCGUUGAUGGCGUGGCAGAUUGCCUUAAGUAUGCUCGUGAAGAGAUUCGUGAAGGAGCGGACUUUCUCAAAAUUAUGGGCGGUGGUGGCGUCGCCAGCCCGACCGACAAGAUUGAGAACAUACAAUUUUCGGACGAGGAGAUCAAAGCUAUUGUGACAGUCGCAUCUAAUGCAGGCACGUAUGUCACAUCGCAUUCAUACACCCCCAAAGCUAUCCAGCAAGCGAUAUCGCUAGGAGUCACGGGUAUCGAACACGGGAAUUUAAUUGACGAGACAACCGCCCGGAUGAUGGCUGAAAAUGGGGUUUUCCUGACCCCAACACUUGUGACGUACGCGGCGAUGGGAAUGUCCAAAGGUUUCCUCCCUACAGCUUCAGUGAAGAAAAAUAAAGAGGUUCUCGAGCACGGGCUUCAUGCUAUCAAGAUUGCAGAGGAUGCGGGGGUUACAAUCUGCUUCGGAACCGACCUAUUGGGUAUUCUGCACUUUGCACAGUCACAAGAAUUUGGACUGCGACGGCAAGUCCAAGCCUCUAAGAGUAUUCUGCGGAGUGCUACGGUGAAUCCUGCCCGGCUCCUGCGACAAGAGAAAUUUCUGGGUCAGGUAGCCACCGGCUUUGCAGCUGAUCUUCUGGUUCUAAAUGCCAAUCCUUUGGAGGAUAUUGCUAUCUUAGACAUGCCCGAGAAGCACGUCUUAGCUACUAUGAAGGAUGGACGAGUCCUUGUCUCUAGGUGGUCAAAGCUGGGCAUAGACACAGAAAAGACCAACAUUAUUGAGUAA